ACGGCAAUUCAUAUAGCUCUAACCUGAGUACAUCCUGCCAAGUCAAAAGAAAGUAAAGAGUACAAAGGGGGCGGGAGCUCUGCUCUGGAUGUCCACAAGAACUCCCCGAAAUGUCGUGCAACAUAGGAGGCGACCCAGUCUGCAGCCCUGUUCGCCUCCCGAAAAACAUGUGCAACCUGAUGCUCGCCUAGCUCAGCAACCAGCUUGCGAAUAUCGCAAAUAAGUGGGUGACCAUCCCCAUACCGGUCAGCACACCGAAUCCACUCGAUCACCGUCGAUGAGUCUCUCUCAAUGUGCACCCGCUCAGCACCGAGCACCCGUCUCGUAUAGGUAAUCCUCUCCCAGGCAGCUCGAAGCUCUGCCCCAACUACAGUAAGACCUGGUACAUGACGACCCCCUGCUGCAACCAAGCGACAACAUGUAUCACGGAUACUCUUCUACCACUGGACCGCGCUCUAAAAGUAACAUUCCAAAAAACUUUAUCAUCUAGGAAAAUACCGGAUGGUUUAGUGGUGGCGUAGUUUUUCUUAGGUCAAACAUCUUUACAAAAAGGCUAACAGAAUUGCAAACCAGAUGACCUAGUAAAAGACCGGAUGACUUUGUAAAAGGCCAAUUACUUUGGAGAUGUAACUAAAGUGUUUCGAGUUUUAUUUAUUUAUUUUUUUUAUACAUCCAGUGAAUUAUCUAUUUUAGUAAAAAAAAAUAUUGAUUUUUUUUUUACUAAUUCAUCGUCCCCUGCUUUCCUCUGACCACUUCGCCACGUCGGAUUCUGUGCCCACCCUUUUCCAGCGUUGAUCGAUCAAUGCAAUACUUUUCUUGGGCCGUUCGUUCGUCCAAUAGCAAACAAUUCUCGUGCGUCUCAUCCCACGGGAAUAGCCCGUCUCAGAAGUUCUCGCAUCUCGUUCCAACUAUCCCGGUCUUUUUCAUCAACGCAUCGGCUUGAGCCUAGUUCCUUCUCUCCAUGCGUCGCUGACUGCAUGCUCAGGUCGCUCUUUGAAUCUCCACAAAAGCCCCUCUCUUUCCUCGAAAUCACUCCUCCAACCGUAAUGUAUACCAGACAUUUCCGUAAUUUUUCCAAACAUGGAGGUUGUACUGCUUCCAAACGGACCAGAAAUAUGCGGCGAUCCGCCCAAUCCUCGUUGCACGCUGCGCCCAACUUUCCAUAUUCCAAUCCGCCCUCCUCUCCUCCGCCAUUUCUUCUUUUCUUUACCCUGCUCUUCAUCUCCUUCUCUUCCCACAAUAACCGUCGUCUCCUCGGUCCUUCUCUCCCUCUUUAAAAAUGAGCGGCUUCCAGCCAUUCGACCUCCUCGAUCCUUCUUCUUCUUGUUCUUCUCUCUUCUACAGAGAGACCUCCUUGUUCUCCCGGCCAAGGGCUCUCUUCCCCUUUCCCUCCCCUUUCGCGGAGGCCGUCGAGCUCGUCGAAGAGCACCUCGGCCUGAACCCUAGCCCAAGCCCCCUCGAUCUCCCCCUCCAAUGCCUACUCCCCUUCCCUCCGCCCAUCUCCCCGCUCGACUUCUUCGACAGCGCGGCCGAUCUGAUCCAGAUCGACCGCCUGGCGCUGCCAACCGCCGUCCCCCGGCGGAUCCAGGAGCGGGCGGAGACGGAGCGCUGCCUACGGAACCUCAGCGACCGGGUCGCUGCACUUGAACUGGGGUUUGACAGGGCCCUGGGCUCCAGGAUCGACGCCGGUGACUGCAGGUACAAGUGGACGACCGAGAUCAAGGGGGCGAGGGGGGAGGGGCGCGAUCGGAAGUAUAAAUUGAUGGCGGAGACGAAGCGAGGGUUAGAGAGGAAUGUCAGGUGGACAGUGGAGAUCAAGGGGAAGGGGGAGGAUGAACCCAUGUCCCACACCUACUCGUUCCACGCGUCUACGGUUCCGGCUGGGGCCAAGCAUGAUAAGUUGGAGAAGGUGAAGAAGAGCAACAAGGGGGUGGGGAGCACCGCACGGGUGGUGGAGAUUGAAGAGUCCUCGAAUCAUAGGCCCGUCACCUCAAGAAAGGCUUUUUCCAAGAGGUCUCAUACCCAAGAAAAGGGUAAGAAGAAGGAAUUAUCACCACAAGAUGCUGCAAUGUUAAUUCAGAUGAGUUAUAGAAAUCAUCUGGUCCAGCGUUCUCAAGUACUUCGUGGACUUCGGGAUCUGGCAGUGGCCAAAACCAAGUUGAAGGAGAUUAGGGCCUUAUUCAACAAUUUCUCUUAUCGUCAACGUAUAGCUAUUGAUGCAGAAGAACGCCAAAGGUUCUCUGAGAGAAUUAUUAUUCUCCUCCUUACAGUAGAUGCCAUUGAGGGCUCAACUUUAAUGGUUCGGGCAGCAAGGAAGUUAAUGGUGGAGGAGCUGGAGGCUAUGCUGGAUGUGGUGGAUCCGCAGCCAUCUGGGAAGUUGGGUUCGAUGAAGCGCAGAAAAUUUGAUCUGCCUGCUGGUGGUUCCAUCUUAGAUGAUAUGGCUGUAGGUGUGGCACAGGUCGUCCAUAUGCUUAACCAAGAAGAUAGCCAAAGCAAUGCAUCCCCUGACAUCUUGUGAGCUGGCCACUCCAUUUUCUAAAUCUCUGGAAGAUUUUCCCUCAAAAAGCAGGGAGAGAACUUUUGCAGUUUCUAACUAUUUUCGAGCAUUACAAGAGUUGUGCUGCUUGCUUUGCUAUUUUUUUGUAGUGUGGUUUUAAUUUCAUUGGUGGAACUAUUUGGGAGGGUUUUGCUAGACCUAUUAUGUCCUAACCAAAGCAGCAUAUUUUCUAUUUGCCUCUUUGUCUGGAAUCAGGUUGGUCCUGUUACCACCGUUUUGGUGGUAAACUGGUCGUCACCAGAA